AUGGCAUUAUUUACAUUUCUUUUGUGUUUUUCAAUAUUCCUCUUAGGAUUGUCUUUGUAUUUGAAAAGGCUCAGCAAAGAGUACUAUUUGUUGGCAUUCUGUAAACUCUUGAAAACGGUGGAUGGUAGUAAAGUAACGGAUAAAGUGUACAUAGUGCCGGGACGUACGAUUUUUGGCAACAACUUCGACAUAUUGAAUUCAAAUCCGGAGGAUGUUUACCACUGGUCUCGCGAGCUCUAUCAACGAGCAAACGGUAAACCUUACGCUUUAUAUUAUUACCAAGGGGUUAUUUAUUCAAUAACAAGCCCGGAAGCAGUACAAGAGGUUUUCCAAAGUCAAACACUUAACACAAAAGGUAUUAUAUAUGACUUGGUGCGUCCAUUCUUGGGUGAGGGAUUGCUUGUUAGCUCAGACCAACAAUGGCAUGACAGACGAAAAUUGCUCACACCAGCUUUUCACUUCAAUAUAUUGCAGAGUUUUAUUGAAGUUUUCAAAAAUGAAACUGUAAAACUUGUGAACAUGUUAAGCGCGAAGCAGAAUCAAAAUAUGAAUCUAAAUGAAAUUAUACCGGAAUUCACUUUAAAUAGUGUGUGUGAAACCGCGCUUGGCAUUUGCUUGGAUGACAUAACUGGCAGCAGCGAGUAUCGCAAGGUCAUACAUGACAUAGAGUUAGUGAUGGUGAACCGGCUAUGUAAUCCGUUCAUGUAUUUUCCCUGGAUUUUCAAAUUUUUCGGCGAUCACAAAGGAUUUUACAAAAAUUUGAAGGUAGCACAUGACUUUAGCAGUAAGAUUAUAACAAAGAAACGCGAGGAAUUUCAAAAACGGCAAUUUGCCAUUGAAACCGUGCACGGAAAUGAUGAUGAAACUGGUAAGCGAAAACGUUACGCCAUGUUGGAUACGCUUUUUCACGCCGAGUCCCAGGGAGUCAUUGAUCAUAGAGGUAUUUGUGAUGAAGUUAACACAUUUAUGUUCGAGGGUUAUGAUACGACGGCAACUUGUCUCAUUUUUACAUUAUUCAAUUUGGCCCUACAUCCGGAUAUACAAGAGAAAUGUUACCGAGAAGUCAAAAAUAGCGAUUUGCCAUCGAUGAGCAUUUUCGACUUCAAUCAGUUGGCAUAUUUGGAAUGUGUUGUAAAGGAAACACUACGUCUUCAACCCUCUGUGCCCUUCAUUUCGCGUUACUGCCGCGAGGAUACAGAACUCAAUGGUGUGAUAUUGUCCGCCGGCAGUCAGAUCAAUAUACACAUACUCGAUAUAAUGCGCGAUGAACGACAUUUUCCGGAUCCUUUAAAAUACGACCCUGAUCGAUUUUUGCCAGAAAACAGCUUAAAUCGACAUCCGUUUGCCUUUGUGCCCUUCAGCGCUGGUUCAAGAAAUUGCAUAGGUCAAAGAUUUGCCAUGCUUGAGAUUAAAGCUAUGCUAGUGGGCAUUUUGCAGAAUUUCCGCUUGCUGCCAGUCACUAUGCCCGAGGACAUACGCUAUGAAUAUGGAUUGGUUUUACGCACAAAAGAGAAUGUGUUAGUUAGGAUGGUAAAAAGGGCGCAUUAGGUAGAUAAUUGUAAAGCAAUUAAAUACUUGUGGGCAGAACGUGAGCCGUCACAUUGAGAUGUUCUGUAUCUAAGCUAUGGAAAUUGAAUUUUUUAUUGGAAUUUGUUAUAUAUUAUUGUUGAACACUGUAUAUGCUGU